AUGUAUUCGACAUCGGACUUCGUAUCGCCAAAAUCAUAUAAAGAUUGGUUAGUUGUCGAUGAAAUCGACUAUAUGUUGACUGAGUCAACAAUGAGAUCGCAACUGUCAGUUCAAUCUGACGACGAUUCAUCGUAUUCAGGCGACACAUACGACAACUACUCAUAUAAAUCCGAACAAAAUCACGAAUUGGAUUUAGAUAAAAUUGUCGCCGAAAAAAUAGAUCAAAUAAAUAGAGAAACAAAUGAUGAUAUUAAGAAGAUAAAGAAUAAACUUAAUCAAAUUGAAUCUCGAUGGGAUGAAGGGAAUAUUAAAAAAUAUACAGAAAAUAAUAAUAAACACCCGGAAUUGAGUAAAAUUGACCGCCUAUUAGGAGAAGCAAUCAAGGAAGUGGUCGAGAUACAAAAGGGAGCGAAUAUGGCAGUGCUGGAACUGAGUAAAUCAGUUGAAAAUGUAGAAGAAAUAUACUCAAAAACCAUGGAUUUGAAAAAUUCUACAGAUAAGUUCAGAAAAACGGCCUACAAGGAGAAGGUCGCACAGCCGAUGUCGUUAAAGUCACAGCUGGUGAUAGCAGCCAGCGCAUUCCUUGGAUUGCAGUUUUUACUCGGUAUUCUUUCAAUGCUCUCAUAA